UGGGUGAACGUGUCACUUUAAGAACGUCGGUGAACACGUGUGCAGCGCUCUUCACUUGGAGAAAAAUAAAGUUUGACAUAAGUUUCUGAAAUUACCAAGGAAGUCAUCCAAUUUUUUUCCUCCCCCCUACCAACAAUCGUCUAAAGAGAAAGUACUGCAAACUAUCCGAGAAAAUUGACUUGCGACAGUGGUAUAAUGGACGGGAUAUCCCAGAACAUUCAGACUCCAGGAUUUACAAUGGACUUGGGACCCUUGAAAGAGCCCCUGGCAUUUAUUAGAGUGCUCGAAUGGAUCUUCUCCAUAUUUGCCUUCGCUACGACGUCGGGUUAUGCCGGCGCUACGAGCAUCAAUGUGCAGUGCCAGGGCAGCAGCACCAGCCAAGAAAUCACUGCUGUCUUUCACUACCCGUUCAGGCUGAUGGUCCAUCCAUACAGCGUCCCCUCCUGUAUGAACGACUCCAGUACUAUCCAGCUCUAUCUGACCGGCGACUACUCCUCCUCAGCUGAGUUCUACGUCUGUAUCGGGGUGUUUGCCUUCCUCUACAGCAUCGCCAGCCUGGUGAUCUACCUGGGCUACCAGCACGUCUACAGGCAGACCAGCCGUGGCCCCAUUGUGGACCUGCUGGUGACAGCAGCCUUUACCUUCCUGUGGCUGGUGUCCUCCUCUGCCUGGGGUCAAGGCCUGACUGACGUCAAGUGGGCUACCAGCCCCUCUAACCUGGUAGGCUUAAUCUCCACCUGCGAGGACGUCGGCAACAAGUGCACACCAGGAGCAGUGCCUCAUAUGGGACGACUCAACUCCUCUGUGAUCUUUGGAUUCCUCAACCUGAUAUUGUGGGGUGGUAACUGCUGGUUUAUCUUUAAGGAGACGCCCUUCCACAAGUCAGCCAACCACCUUGGUGACGCCGAGGAGGGUUUAGGUGUCAGGCCCAUUACUUCCUAACUGGGCAGCAAGUUCCCUGCUGUCAACGGCUACGUUCCAGUUUGCAUGCAAAGCAGUUGCACUGCAGAAAUUAACCAAUCUUGGGGGGUGAAUACUAACUUUGACUCACAUUUGCUCUUAGUCAUGCAUCGAUGCCAAUGGUAGACAAUCUUGACUUUGUGGAAGUGAAGAUUUGCCCCAAUGUGAUUUCUGACUUGUUAAACACUUGUGUGUGUUUUGAGGUGUGUUUUGAGGUGUGUUUUGAGAUUUGGUGUGUGUGCUUUUUGCAGCCGAUCUGGAACGGGCCCGAAAUUCCCUCCAACCAAGUAGUUCCUACAUUAUACCGUUUCCAAUGCCUUGUUAAGUUGUCAUUCGGUGCAAAUGCUGCUGAGAAAUGUCCUCUAGUAGCUUAUUAAGUUGCAAACAGUUUAUUUUCAUGCAUUGACAGCUCCACAUUUAUUAUUAAAAAGUGUUCAAAGCGGUCCAUUUUUCAAGUUAUCUAAAAUAGGUACAAAAGUGAACCCAGCAAAUACGGAAGGGGGAACGCCAUGAACGCCAUAAAUUUAGGUCAGAACUAGUUUAGUUUCAUGCGGAUAACUGUUAAACUAAACAGUAUAUCCAACGCAAUGCAACGAUCAAAUGCAUCUCUCAGUUUAUUCAAAGAGUCAAGACGUGUGGAUUUCUUUUGUUGAUCAAAAACCAUUAUUUUUAUUUUAUUUAUUUUUUUACACUGUUACUUUGAGAUAGUUUAGUGUUUUUGUUGUAUAAAAUAAACCGUGCUUAUAUCAAUGUUACAACAAGAAUAACAAGCUGUUAUUCUCUCGCACUGCGUGUUAUUUGCCGAUUUAUAAUAAAUAUUCACUCCGUUUUGAAAUGGUUUGACAUUUCAAGUGAUGCCAAAAGCCAGGGAUCAUCAACUAAUGUUGAUUCAGCUGCAGGCCAAUUUUAUUUUAUUUAACUUUUUCUUUGUGGAUGGUCGGUGGGGCAAGAGAACAUUAAUUAAAAAUAAUUUAUAGAAUGCAAGAAAUCCAAACAGAUGUAUUUGACUGAAACAUAAUUACGAACCUUGCUUACAUUUGAAUACGAUCACAUAUCUCUCUGAUGCGUGGGACUACUUUGAAAAGAUGUUCAAAAUCACUUGUUGCUGUCUUCUGGUGUUUUUUUUUUUUUUAAGAGUCUUUUAUGUCCAACAAUUUAGAACAAUUGCUCAGUAAGCUAUGCGGGCCAAAUAACAUCAUUCUGGCCCGCAGGCCACCAGUUGGGGAACCCUGCCAUAAAGCAAUCCUACAGUACUUAUUGUCAUUUCUUUUGAAAUGUGCCUUUUUUUCCCUGUUGUGCAGCAUGGUUUGUCAUAUUGUUUUGACAAUGUUGUAAGAAAAUAAAGCCAUCAAAACUCCUGUUUUUCACGCCGA